CAGGAGACAUAUGACAGGGCGAGAACAUGCUCUGUAUUUUUAUAUGUGCGUGUGUUGGAGAGGGGAGGUGUCAAUGACGGAAGAAGAAGAGCGGAGAAGCUACAGUUACAAUGGAGACAGUUCAUAGACUAUUCUGAAGCUACAACUGUUGGACGUCUCAGGGUGUAACACGGCAGUGGACGUUGCAUUUCUGCAAAGGCAACAAAGAGACAGCCAAAGUCCGUCGCUGCACAACAAGAAAACUGGAAGAACAACAAAUCAGAGAGGACCUCAACUCACUUCUGCAAGAUUCGAUAAAAACACUACGAAUACUGAAGAGGUUUACUGAGCUGCAGCUGAACUACACUGAGGCUACAAGCAGUUAGCUGUGUUGGCAUGCUGCUCUGAGUCAGCAGAAGUGUCUGCUGGACUGGAGAACUUCAGGGCUGGAUUACACAGUGGGCACACGUUUGGAAUCUGUGGAAUGCUUGAAGCCAGUUGUCAUUUCAUUCAUGUUGUACAGUACAAACUCUACGCAGGGAUGCAGAAACGUAGCAGCUAACACGAGUGGACUUCAGCUGUGUUUGCUGCCAGCAGCUCUGGAUUUCUGCAGAAUCAACCAACAACCACCACCAAUGCACCAAAGGAUCUGAUUACAGACUUUGAAAAACAUACUUCAGUUUAAUUCCAAGAAGACUUGUUUCUACACUCAUCUGCUGAGCACUGGUGCACAUGAAUGGACCACCUAAGAUGCUGAAUAGUUUCUUUUUCCAACAGAGGUAACCUCCAGUCAACAGUGUAUUAAGUGCAUUCUGCAGAGGAUUUCAGCCGUAUCACAUGAAACACUGAGCGCUCCUGAGUCUGCGGUGGAUAAGCUACGCAAACACACUGCUGCAUUCAGAGCCAGCAGCAGGUGACUUUCGUAUUUUAGUUUAGAUCCACAGAGUUGUGGGUCUGGGUCCAGAUGUUCCUCAACACGGUGCUGGUGGUCCUGACGGACCUGGCGGCCAGGCUCCUGGGUAACACAGUGUUCCGGCAGCACUUCCACCUGCUGCUGUCGGCGGUGGUGAUGUUCGGUCCUGCGCUCAGCCUCUGGGUAUCUCAGCACAGCGUCUUUGCCAAGAGAAGCCACUUCCUCUACAGGAUGUUCUUGCGCUCUGGUUGGGGUUGGACCUGUGUCUUCGUCGGCUCUUUCGUCUUCCUCCUCUCCUUCUCCAUCCGCCGUUCGCUCUCCCUCUCCAUGCGUCACCUCUCCAGACUUGGGGUGGCAGGCGGCCUGUGGCUUGGUUUCUGCAAACUCCUGGACCUGCUGGAGAACGCCACAGGGAGCUGCUACGAAUCUUUACACGCCGGACCAGAUGUCGCCAAUGGGCCUCUGCUGGUGCUGCGAGAGGAUGAGAGCAAGGCUGAGUGCCUUAGAGCAGGGAUGCUGUGGAGGGGGUAUGAAGUUUCAGAGGACGUCUUCCUCUUGUGUCUUUGCUGCCUGCUGCUGGCAGAAGAAACAGCUGUGUUUGGCCCUUAUCUGAAUCUAGGGGGGAUCUCAGAUGCCCCUCUCAGGAUCCUCUUCCUGUUCUGUGUUCUCCUGCUCACACUCUGGAUCUUUCUACUGCUUUGUCUCUUGGCUUACUUCCCUCAGUUCCCCACCCAGCUGCUAGGGGGCGCACUAGGCUGCCUCAGCUGGAGGGGACUGUACCAGGGCUGGUACCGCAUGGGGCCCAGCUGGUACUGCCCUGGAAGACCUGGUCUGGGACUGCUUAACACCAAGACCAGCAGCACUGAAGCAGAAGACGCACAACCGAACCACAACCACUGCAAUUAACGGAGGAAAACAAAGAUAUUCAAACAUUUGAGCGCAGAAAUUAUUUUAAUACUGGACAAAAACAUGGACGGUGAACUUUCAAAAGUACCAAUAAGGGUUGUUUGUGUCCUGUGUAACAAAUCUACAUUUAAGUCAUUAAAUGGUGUCUGUUCUUUGAUGUGUUAACAGGGAGUCACUACAGAUGACCCAGGAGUCUCCACAAGACUCUAGAUUGUGUGUAAUAGAUGGACGCAACCUCCUGGUUUUAAAGCUAAUGUGCAAAUGCGUUAAACCUACAGCCAGCAGGGGACAACAUCUCAUCUGGUUGCAAAAAGAAAUCUGACUGUAUAAAAAUCUAUGAGAAAAUGACCCUGCUUCUCCCUCAGUCUGUUACCUCAGUGAACAUUUACUCGCUGAGUCCCGUUUAGAGUAAAUUAGACGAUAAAGCAGUGUAUGUUUUUGGGCUACCUUGUGGUUAAAACGUCCUCUGGUUUUCAGUCAGAUCCACGCCUCACUUGUCAUAUUCAGUGUCAAAAGGUCAAGAUGAAGAAUUGUGCUGGAAUAGAAUAACAAGUUGGUCCUGUUUAAUUUCCUAAAUGCGUCUUCUUGUCUUUGAUGGAAAACAUCCUGAGGUCAAGGAAAGUUGUGAAGGAGAUAGAGACAAUCAUGGUGCUAAAACACUUACACGAGGUUACAUGUUGUGAUAGCUAAUGUUGACGUGUGCUGUGAAUUUUGCAUCACUUUAAUUGCUGCAGGAAAUUGUGGGACAGCUUAUCACUUUUUUUUCCCAUAUGGACGGUCCAGUGUAUCCUGUCCUGUAAGAGAUAAGAAAGGAAGCACUACAGCUCCUCAGUUAGGAAUCCUCCUGAGCAAAAACAACUAUCCGACCUCAAUCGAGGUUCACAACCGUAGUCUAGAAACCGCUGAGAGACAUCAUGGUGGCUUUGUCCGUCUUUUAUGUGCAGCCCAUGCUUAGGUAAGGACAUACAAGUUGUUCUUUAGAUACAGCUUUGUGUCACAACCGAAUAAAUGCGACACUUAAAAAAUAGA